AUGUUACAAACGUUACUAAGCUGCCAUGCGUAUAUGCCAUGGUGUUUUGAAAUUCCUGCAAUGGCAAUAUUUCUACGUUCUACAAUUACAUUGCCGUUGGCUAUUUCGAGCAUUAAAACUGGACGUAAGUAUGCUCAAGUUCAACCUUUGUUAAAGGAAGCAAAAAAAAGAUGCCCGAACGACAAAGCAUACCGAACAUUUCGAAGCAAAAUAUAUAAACGGUUUAACUGUCAUCCGGUUAUGCUUUACGCAUUGCCAUUGACGCAAAUUCCCUUGUUUGCUCUUGCAUCUUUUCAACUUCGCAAGGCUGUAGAAGUGUCUCCGGAUACCAUGUCUACUGAGGGCAUGCUUUGGUUUCCCGAUUUGACUAUGCCUGACCCACACGGUAUUCUACCAGCUAUUCUAGCGUGCACCUAUCUAACCAAUAUGUCAAUUCUUCGGAGGCCUCAGGAUUCCCGGCUGCUACGAAUUUUCAACACAGCUGGUAUUUUAUCUGCCUUUGUAGUGUCAUUCAUGGCUUCUAAAACAUCGACAGCUUUAUCGUUAUACUGGACAACUUCUGCUAUUUACUCCCUUGCACAGAACAUUUGUUUACGAAAUAUGUUUAAGCAAGGAGACCCUCGAUUAGUCUUGCGUCCCAAAAAGGUACAGCCAAAUCAUAAAAACACCUAA